AUGCAUUAUUCUAGAGGACCUAACAAAGGCAAAAUUCAUUCAUCAUAUUUACAAAAAAAAGUAAAUAAAUAUCUUGACCAAACUCUUUAUAGGCAUCAAAAUUAUCAAUCUUUACAAGAUUCAAAUUUACAUACAACCCAACAUCUUCGAGAUCAGAAGUCAAAAUGUAUAGCUGAAAUUCAUUCUUUGGUUCGACGCUCAAAGCAAAUUACUGAUGAAGAAUUUCACAAAAGAGUUAAAUCAAUUUUUAAACUUGAUAAAAAAUCUUAUUCUUCAAAUACAAUCUGGCUUGCUACAAAUAUCUUACAAGUAAGACAGAUAUCAUUUUGCUCUGCUAUUGAGUAUAUGCGAUUAAUUUAUGAAUUUCUAGUAGAAGUAUCACCUCAAAAUUGGUUGGCAAAAUCUACUCUACGUAUAUGGCAUCAGGAUGUUUCUGAACUUCAUUUUAAUAGACAAAUUCGUCAAGCAAAAAAUGCACCUAUAUUUGGAGUAAUGGUUGAUGAAUCAACACAAGGGCAAAUAAAAAAUUUAGUAAUCUACUAUUAA